AUGGCCAGCCCGCGACUCGUCACCGGAUCUCCGCCAAUUGCGAUCGCGUCGCUUGUUCUGCUGACAGCAUUGCUGCUCGCAGUGCCGCGAUCGGCGGCGGACGGCGCGGAGAACUCGGACGUGCUGGAGCUCACGCCGGCGAACUUCCACGACCACGUGGGGGGCGACUCGGUCGUGUUCGUGAAGUUCUACACUCCUUGGUGCGGGCACUGCCAGCGCCUGGCGCCGGACUGGGAGAAGGUGGCGACGGCAUUCAAAGACUCGGAUGCCAUCCGCAUCGCCAAGGUGGACUGUCAGGCGCACGCGGAGCUGUGCACGAACCACGAGGUCCGCGGAUACCCCACGCUCAAGUGGUUCCCUGCUGCUGGCCAGGGGGGAGUGGAGGACUAUGGAGGAGACAGGAAGGCCAACGUUUUCGUGGAUUUUAUCAACAGUCGACUCGGUGAGUGGGCGGCGGGCUUGGUGAGUGGGCGGCAGGCUUGGGUGGAAUCAGACGAGCCAGAGUCACGGGUGAUGGAGCUCACCACGUGGGCGUUCCCCUCAGUCAUGCUGGACGAGACCAAGCACCUGUUUGCCUACUACUAUGAUGCCGCGUGA